AUGCCCAAACCACCACCAUCAAACCCAAUAGUCCUCUACUGGCACCGAACCGACCUCCGACUCCACGACUCUCCAGCCCUCAAAGCAGCCUUAUCCCUAAACCCCCAGAUAUUCAUCCCCCUCUGGACCUGGGACCCCCACUACGUCUACCGAUCCCGCGUGGGCCCAAACCGCUGGCGCUUCCUCCUAGAAAGCCAAGAAGAGCUCUCAAAAUCAUACAAGAACCUAAAUCCCAACCAACAACUUUGGGUAGUUCGCGAAGCACCAAUUACCAUUUUACCUAAACUUUUUCAAGCGUGGGGAAUCACUCAUUUGGUUUUUGAGAAGGAUACGGAUUCUUAUGCUCGACUCAGAGAUGAAGAGGUGCUUCGGUUAGCGGAGAAAGCAGGUGUGGAUGUUAUUGUUCGCAUGGGGAGAAAUCUGUUUGAUCCUGAUGAACUUGUGAGUAAGAAUGGGGGGAAGGCGACUAUGAGUAUGGCGCAGGUUGAGAAGGCGAGCGGGAAGAUUGGGAAUGGGUGUCCGGAGAAGGUAGUUGAUACUCCGGGGAAGGGUGAGAUUCCCGAUGCGUUGGAGGUGGAGAAGAUGAAGCUUGACUUCAAGUUUAAGGAAGGUGGAGUUGAUGCGGAGCCCGAUUUGAAUAAGGGGUUUCGUACGGGGAAAGAUAAACAGUAUGUUUCUGUUAUGGGGCCUAAGCAUGAUUUCGGUGUUCCGACACUUGAAGAGAUCGGAAUUAAUAUCGAGGAUGCAACGACACCACAUCGGGGCGGAGAAAAGGAAGCACUGCGGAUCCUUGAAUCCUGUAUCAAAGAUGAAGAGUAUAUCGGACGAUUUGAGAAACCGAAUACCUCCCCAGCAGACUUUGAGCCCCAAUCAACAACUAUACUAUCACCACAUCUUCAUUUCGGGACAUUAUCAGUCCGAAAGUUCUGGUGGGAUGUGCAAGAUAUCCUUGAGAAGAGGCGAAAGGAGAAGAAAAGCGUAUCUACCAUCCCGACUAAUUUACCGGGUCAGUUGCUAUUUCGCGAUAUGUACUUUGGUGCACAGGCAGCUGUUGGUGAUACAUUUGCGACUACGUACAGGAAUCCGGUUGUCAGAUUGGUUGAUUGGCAUUUACAGUCUAAGAAUUUGGAGAAUGGGUCUGAGGCUGAGGAUGAUACGAGGGGCUAUACUGUUGAUUCUGAAGAGGCUGAGGAAUGGUUUAUACGGUGGCGAGAGGGACGGACUGGAUUUCCCUGGAUAGACGCUUUGAUGCGUCAGUUAAGGCGGGAAGGGUGGAUACAUCAUCUCGGGAGACAUAGUGUUGCCUGCUUCCUGACGCGUGGAGGAUGCUACGUAAGCUGGGAACGGGGCGCAGAGGUCUUUGAAGAGCUACUGAUCGACCAUGAGACGGCUUGUAAUAUUGGGAACUGGAUGUGGUUGUCUUGUACGGCGUUUUUCGCACAGUAUUACCGCUGUUACUCACCUAUUGCUUUUGGGAGGAAGUGGGACCCAGAAGGAACCUUUAUCCGCAGGUAUGUACCCGAGUUGGCGGACUUUGAUAAGAAGUAUAUCUAUGAGCCUUGGAAGGCGCCUAUUGCGGAUCAAAAGAAAUGGGGAUGUCGGGUUACGGGGGAUGGGAGUGGUUCUUCGGAAGAAGGGAAAACGUAUCCAAAGCCGAUGUUUGAUUUUGAUAAACGCAGACAAAUCUGUUUGGAUAGCAUGAAAAAUGCUUAUGAUGUUGGGCUGCAUGGAGCCGACAAGGAAGUGAUGGAUGGAUCGUGGGUGGAGAAAUUCCACGGAGAUGAAAAGCCCAAGAAACGCCAGAAGACAGAGAAAUGA